GCGGCUGGGAACAAUCGUCAGCAAAAAUAAAUUCGUUCUCAGCCGCGAAGAAAUUUAUUACACUAACUGGUACUGUGGUUCAGUCUGGAAGCAGAGAGUUCAAGCAUGAGUUUAUUUGUGAUUCUGGAGCAGAGGUUUCAGUUAUUCCAACGGCGUUAGCACAAGAACAUUGCAUGAAAAUUCAACCAACUACACAUCACGUAGAGAUGGCUAAUGGGACACACGCAGAAUGCAGAGGUGUGGUUCAAACAUCAGUUACGGUAGGGACAAAUAGUUGUAUAUUGAGUUUUUUUGUGGUAAAUGGUGUUCAAAACUGGAUUCUGGGCCUGUACUCUUUGGGAAAAUUGGGUGUAUCGUUGAACACAGGAAAAAAAUUGGCAACAAUAGAUGGGGCCCAACCCGUGUUACAACCGGAAGUAAAUACCCCUCAGGAAAUGCUAAAGUGUUGCCACAUACGAGUUGCGGAAAGUCGUGAUAUUAAGCCAUUUGAAGAAAUAUUCAUUUGGGGUAAAUUGGAAGAUAAGAAUGAAACAUUUACUAGAGAUUCGUAUAUCGAAG